CGGGGACGGAAGUGUUGUCGUCUGUAUUUUCCCGUGGAGAGCUGCAGCACAGCUUCGAGUGUCGCGUUAUUUAAUUUAAUCGAUAUUUGAGAAUAAUCCCGUUUAUAAAUUCUGCAGACGGACUGAAAUCUGACAGAUUGUCUUUAAUACACCUUGACUGAUCAUCUUCUUCGGCUGUUUGACGAGCGCAGAGAGAAUGACGUCAUCAGCUGGUCAGGGGGGCGGAGCUCUGUCCACAAGGGGCGGAGCUUCAACUAAGAGGAUGAAGUGGGCAGUGGAGCUCAGUCUGGGCAACAGCAGGAGCCGCAGUGAUCGUCAGGGUAAGGAUGGAGAUGUGAUGUAUCCAGUGGGUUACUCUGAUAAACCCGUGCCGGACACCAGCGUUCAGGAGGCAGAUCGCAAUCUAGUGGAGAAGAGGUGCUGGGACGUGGCUCUGGGCCCGCUGAAGCAGAUCCCCAUGAACCUCUUCAUCAUGUACAUGUCAGGAAACACCAUCUCCAUCUUCCCCAUCAUGAUGGUGUGUAUGAUGGCCUGGAGACCCAUACAGGCGCUCAUGUCCAUGUCUGCCACGUUUAAACUGUUGGAGAGCUCCAGUCAGCAGUGGCUGCAGGGUCUGGUGUACCUCAUCGGGAACCUGCUGGGCUCCGCAUUGGCCAUCUACAAGUGUCAAUCAAUGGGGCUCCUCCCCACGCACUCCUCUGAUUGGCUGGCGUUCAUCGAGCCGCCGCAGAGGCUGGAGAUCAUGGGCGGAGGGAUGGUCAUGUGACGCGCGCGCAUACACACACAUACACACUCUUAUUUAACAGGAACAUUUUAACCCCACACACUGAUGAUUAAUUUAUAUUUGUGAUUUGUGUUAGCAGAGAUCUGAUUAAUAAUGUGCAUCAAAUUAAUAAAGAUUCUUUAACUUUU